UCGAUCUGGCAGCACCGAUUACAUGUUUGGUUAUCAACAGCUGAUUCGAAUCAAAGGCUCCCGACUUGUUUACACUGCAUGCUUAGUGUGCUAAAAUCGUCCAGGCAGGCCAGAUUCCUAGCUCGUCUAAUGGGUAGCGUUCAGAAUGACGACAACAAAUUGGACACCUUCCGGCGAAUCUGUGAUGAAAUUGCAGGUGAAGCAAGUUACCUGAAGAAAGCUGAGAAGUUGCAGCGCUUCUUUCAGAGGGGAGUGAGUGGCUCUGGAUUCCAGGGCGAUACGCUGCUAUGGGUGCAAUUCCUUAUUCCAGCGGCCAACCAGCGCGUCUAUAAUCUGCAGAACAAGGCGCUGAUAAAGCUGUUCUCCAGGAUCUUCAAUGCCAGUCAGCAGAAAAUGCACCUGGAUCUGGAGCAGGAUGGCGAUGUAUCGGAAACGCUGCGCAAACAUUUUGCUGCUUCCAGUAAACUAAAGCCACAAGCACAGAGCCAACUUUACUUGCAGGAGGUGGAGGAGUUGCUCUUAAAACUAGAGGAGCGUACCAAGGAAGACGAACAAACGGAGCUGUUGCAGGAACUGUGCCGGAAGGCUACAGACCUGGAUUUGCGCACAUUUAUUCGACUAGUAAAACAGGAUUUGCGGAUAAACGCUCGGGCUAGGCACAUCUUGGAUGCUUUUGGUCCCGAAGCCUAUCCCGCUUAUCAAUCUUCGCGAGACUUGGCGUCGAUAGUCAAGCAAUUCGCUAGUCAGGGUACGAGAACGAAAGCCCAAACUGUCCCCAAAAAGGUAAAGAAAGGAAACGCGAGUGGAAUCCAGGUGAUGACUCCCAUUUCUCCCAUGCUGGCCAGUGCCUGCAAGUCCGUGGAGGAAGCAUUCAAAAAAAGCCCGGCCGGUCUGUACAGUGAAAUUAAAUACGAUGGCGAGCGUGUGCAAAUCCACAAGCAGGGCAAGGACUUUAAAUUCUUUAGCCGAAAUUUAAAGCCCGUUAUGGAUCACAAAAUCAAAGAUUUAAAGGAUUAUAUUCCGCGUGCUUUUCCCGGGGCAGAAGAAAUGAUUCUGGACUCUGAGAUAAUCUUGGUGGAUACUGAUACCGGAGCACUGCUGCCCUUUGGCUCGCUGGGAGCCCACAAAAAACAGACAUUUGCGAAUGCUGCAGUGUGCCUUUUCGUAUUUGAUUGCAUUCUUUACGACGGUGAAGAUUUAACGCAGAUGCCUUUCCGCGACCGACGAGACAUUCUCGAACAGAAUAUCAAACCCAUCAAGUCCCAUGUUCAGCUUUCGGAGUCUGAAUUCCUCAAGACGAAAAGCGAGUUGGCUAUGAUGACUGCCAAAGUGUUGCAUGCGAAUCUGGAAGGAGUGGUGCUCAAGAGUCCGUCUAGUACAUACCAACCCGGCAAGCGAAAUUGGUUAAAAGUCAAAAAGGACUAUCUUUUUGAUGGCAAAAUGGCCGACACGGCGGAUUUGGUAGUCUUAGGAGCCUGGUAUGGAUCCGGAAAAAAGGGUGGGGUUCUCAGCAUUUUUCUCAUGGGAUGCUAUGACUCGAAAGAUCGUUUGUGGAAGACUGUUACCAAAGUGCAUUCUGGCUUGGACGACAUAACUAACGAGGAGGUUCACAAUUCUCUCAUCAAACUAACGGAGCGGGCGGAUGCCAAUCAAACACCAAGCUGGCUUCUGUGCAAGAAAUCUCUGGUGCCGGACGUGCUAGCAAAGAAUCCAAUGGAUAUGCCUGUUUGGGAAAUAACAGGAGCCGAGUUUACCAAAGCUGAGGCUCACACGGCAUCAGGUAUAUCCAUACGAUUUCCUCGGAUUACUCGCCGACGAAGUGACAAAACCGCCAAAGAGGCCAAUGACCUGGCCCAUUUGGAAGAUCUGUUUGAUGCCUCAAAAAAGAAUGUGAAUGUGGACUUACUGUUGGCAGGCUGUGGACCCCAAAAAAAGGAAUUGGACUUGGAGAAAACGCCUCAAAAAGGCUCGAAGCGCAGUAGUUCCCAAACAAGUAGCACGACGAAAGAAAAGACAUCGACACCUGGUUCAGAUGAUAGGGAAAAAUCACCGAUUCCACGAAAACGAAAAGUUGAACGGGGUCUGUCGCCCUCACAAAAGGGUUUAAAGGACUUUUUUAAGCCAACUAAAGAAAAAGUGGAGGUAAAAAAGGAGCCUAAAAGUCCAAAGAGCAAGCUAUUUUCAGGCUUAGUGGCUCACUUUGCUAUGGAAAAAGAUACAGGAAAAUUGAGGGAGCAAUUCGAGAUGCAUGGAGGAUCCAUCACCACCGAUACCCAAAAAGCGAAUUUAGUUUUUUAUGGCACCACUGAGAUAGUAGACCUAAACAAACUAAGGCCCCUGUACCGCCGCAGCUGUCGUCAUCUGAAUGUGAGUUGGAUGCAAACCUCACUCGAAAAGCAAAGCCGACAGCCCUACCCGUUGUUUGCCGUGAUGUUGAAACGUUGAGUGUCGUGUUGGAAUUGUUUCUAAUCAUAAAUACAUGCUUGAUUAAAUAGAA